CAAACCAGGAAACAAGUUGUUAUUCUGCCUCACUGAGAGGACACACACACACGGUGAGCGACGGACUAUAAGAUUCAACUUCACACCGACAGCUCUUCCACUGAGAGAGGACGUCCACAGGAGGGAAUCCUGGAACACCUUCCACUUCAAGCAGCUGCUGAAUCCACACACUGAGCGAGAGUUUCUCCAGAACAAAGACUCACAGUGAAAGUAAGUCUCAGGGAACAGGGAGCGGCUGCUGCUGAGUUUACUGCUUCACUCACAGACAACAUGGCUUCCAGAUUAGAGGAUCUCUGCUGUACUGUGUGCCAUGAGGUCUUUAAAGACCCUGUCGUCCUGUCCUGCAGCCACAGCUUCUGUAGAGGCUGUCUGCAGCACUGGUGGAGGGAAAAACGAAUCAAAGAGUGUCCACUUUGUAAGAGAUCUUCAAAGUCAAAACCUGCGUUGAACCGGGUGUUGAAGAACCUGUGUGAGAGUUUCCUGCAGGAGAGAGAUCAGAGAUCUCCAGAGGCUCUCUGCAGUCUGCACUCUGAGAGACUCAGACUCUUCUGUCUGGACCAUCAGCAGCCAGUGUGUCUCGUCUGCAGAGAUUCAGAGAAACACACCGACCACAGAUUCAGACCCAUCGAUGAAGCUGCACAGGAUCUCAAGAAGGAGCUUCAGGAAACUCUGAAACCCUUCAAGAAGAAGUUAGAGACUUUUGAGCGAGUUAAAGUGAAGUUUGAUCAGACAGCAGGACACCUGAAGGUCCAGGCCCGACACACAGAGCUGCAGAUUAAGGAGCAGUUCAAGAAACUUCACCAGUUUCUAGAAGAGGAAGAGGAGGCCAGGAUGGCUGCACUGAGGGAGGAAGAGGAGCAGAAGAGGAGGAUGAUGGAGGAGAAGAUGGAGGCUGUGAGCAGAGAGAUAGCAGCUCUUUCACUCACAGUCAGAGCCACAGAGGAGGAGCUGAGAGCUGCAGACGUCUCCUUCCUGCACAACUACAAGGCUGCAGUGGAGAGGCUGCAGCGCCCCCUGCUGGAAGCUCCACAGCUGCCUUCAGGGGCUCUGAUAGACCAGGCCAAACACCUGGGCAACCUCAGCUUCAACAUCUGGAGCAAGAUGAAGGACAUGGUCUCCUACUCUUCUCUCAUCCUGGACCCAAACACUGCUGGUCCAUACCUCAUCCUGUCUGAAGAUCUGACCAGUGUGAGAGCAGGAGGAGAGAGACAGGAACUUCCUGAUAAUCCAGAGAGGGUUGAUCGUUUCUUAUCUGUCCUGGGCUCUGAGGGCUUUAACUCAGGGACUCACAGCUGGAAUGUCCAGGUUGGAGACAGUAGAGACUGGGACCUUGGUGUGUUAGCAGAGUCUGUCCAGAGGAAGGGAUUCAUAGAGCCUGGAUUAUGGAGAAUACAGUUUGCUUGUGGUAAUUACUCAGCAUGUUCUCCAUCAGCUCCAGACUCUUCUCUCCUCCUGCUGAAGGAGCUCCAGAGGGUCAGAAUGAAUCUGGACUGGAACAGAGGAGAGCUGUCGUUCUCUGAUGCUGACACUAACACACACAUACACACCUUCACACACACUUUCACUGAGAGGAUGUUUCCAUACAUUUAUAGCUGUGAUGAACAACCAGUGAAGGUGUUACCAGUGAAGGUCUCUGUGACUGUAGAACAACAGAGAUAGACAAUCAAGUAUAUUUGAUUGUGCAAAUCCAAGAUUGUCGUAAGAUAUAUCGAUGUGUGUGUGUUCAUCAGGGAGCAACGAUUUAAUUAUGUAUUUGGGUCAGAGUGAUUUUGGUGUUGUCUUUAUUGUUAUUUUUGAUGACUUGUUGAUAAAAGAAAUAAAAAGAAAUCUGAGGAUCUUUA